AUGACAUGGCCAAGAACAAGUUCUUGCUCGGCCCGCUCGGAGUGCGGGUGCCGCGCGCGGCGGGUGCGGGUGCCCACGCGGCUCCUCCCCGCCGCCAGCGCCGCGCGCCCCGCAGCGGGACCCGGCCCGGCCCGCGCGGCCUCUUAUAGCCGGCGCGCGGCGGCCUUGCCCCACACCGGCACGCGGCGCUCCCGCAGCCAGGCGCGGCUGCCCGCACCCGCCGCCGUGGGACCCCGAACCGCGCCGCGCCGCCCAUGGGACCCCCGCCGCCCGCCUCUGCCCCUGCCGCCGCCGCUGCUGCUGCUGCUGCUGCUGCUGCUGCUGCCGGCCGUCUAUAAAGGCGCUUUUGGGGAAGCCCAUUUUAGAAAUCGAAGAGGACUUCUUGAAUUAGCUGGAGCCAUUAGGUGUACUACAGGACGAUCUCCUUUUGCCUACCUACGCUAUGGAUGCUACUGUGGUCUGGGAGGAAGAGGAUGGCCCAAGGACAGAGUAGACUGGUGCUGCUUUAACCAUGACUGCUGCUAUGGUAAGGCAGAACAAGCAGGGUGUCACCCAAAGACAGAAGGUUACCACUGGGGAUGUGAAGACAAUGCUGCUGUGUGUGAAUCACUAGAAGACAAAUGUCAAAAAAUGGCAUGUGAAUGUGACCGCGAAGCUGCCAAAUGUUUUUCUAAAGCUCCCUAUCAUACAAAAUACCUUUUGUGGCCAGACUUUAUGUGUGGUGAGAUUCAGCCUUUAUGUAGGUAUUAGAUACACAACAUCUGUCUUUAUGAAAACUCUGUAUGUGUUUAAAUCUAGAAUGACUUUUUUUUGCUGUUGUGGCUACAGAGACAACAAAUGAUUUUCCCCUUUCUCCGUCUUCCUUCCUGCUACCUUAGCUUCUCCACAUCCCAGAAGGGCCAAAGUAAACAUUUAUUGUCUUUCUUACCUUCUACCGUGGACUAAAAGCAAGUUUGUUACUUCUACGUAAGCUUGUAUCGACUAAAUAGCAAUUCGAGUUUGUCAGCUUAACGAGCGACUCACUUAAAAUUAAUUUUGUUUAUAUUCAGUCACAGAUUUUUCACAUUCAUAAUAUCAUUCACUGUCAACUUUUCAUCCCCCCUCCACUGGCUAUAACAUACAAAUCAAACCUUUCCACUAACAUUUACCUUAACAUUUGUUAACUUUGAAGUGAUCAGAAAAAAUGCAUAAAGUGACAGUGUCAGCAACAAAUAACCCUCUCAUCUAUAUUAAACACUUAUUAUGAAGCCUAAUUUAGCUUUGUAUAUCAUUCACCUUAAGUAGUCCUACCAGGUAUUAAAAAAUGUGUAAUAUUUUUUUUUCUAG